AUGCGGGUCGGUCCGGUGCGCUCUGCCAUGAGCGGCGCCUCGCAGCCCCGCGGCCCGGCCUUGCUGCUCCCGGCCGCCCGGGGCGCCCCGGUCAAACGCCUGCUGGACGCGGACGACGCGGCGGCCGUGGCGGCCAAGUGCCCGCGCCUCUCCGAGUGCUCGAGCCCGCCGGACUACCUCAGCCCCCCCGGCUCGCCCUGCAGUCCGCAGCCGCCGCCCGCCGCGCCGGGGGCUGGCGGCGGCUCCGGGAGCGCGCCGGGGCCCAGCCGCAUCGCCGACUACCUGCUGCUGCCCCUGGCGGAGCGCGAGCAUGUGUCCCGGGCGCUGUGCAUCCACACGGGCCGCGAGCUGCGCUGCAAGGUGUUUCCCAUUAAACACUACCAGGACAAAAUCAGGCCUUACAUCCAGCUGCCAUCACACAGAAACAUCACUGGCAUCGUGGAAGUGAUCCUUGGGGAAACCAAGGCCUACGUCUUCUUUGAGAAGGACUUUGGGGACAUGCACUCCUAUGUGCGAAGCCGGAAGAGGCUGCGGGAAGAGGAGGCUGCACGGCUCUUCAAGCAGAUUGUGUCCGCGGUGGCCCACUGCCACCAGUCAGCCAUCGUGCUCGGGGACCUGAAACUUAGGAAAUUUGUCUUCUCCACGGAGGAGAGAAGCCAGCUCAGACUGGAAAGUCUAGAAGAUACACACAUAAUCAAGGGAGAAGACGAUGCUCUGUCAGACAAACAUGGCUGCCCAGCCUAUGUGAGCCCCGAGAUUCUGAACACCACGGGGACCUACUCUGGAAAGGCCGCAGACGUUUGGAGCCUGGGGGUGAUGCUCUACACCCUUUUGGUGGGACGAUACCCCUUCCAUGACUCAGACCCCAGUGCCCUCUUCUCCAAAAUCCGCCGUGGACAGUUCUGCAUUCCUGAGCACAUUUCCCCCAAAGCCAGAUGCCUCAUUCGCAGCCUCCUGAGACGGGAGCCUUCCGAGAGACUCACUGCUCCUGAGAUCUUACUCCAUCCCUGGUUCGAGUCUGUCUUGGAACCUGGAUACGUCGACUCAGAAAUAGGAACUUCAGACCAGAUUGUUCCAGAGUACCAGGAAGACAGUGACAUUAGUUCCUUCUUCUGCUAAUCCCAAAACCUCAGAAACCUCAAUUCUCACACAUAGCAUUUCCAUUUCUAAAGAUGGACAGGCCUUUUGGCGUGGUGCCAGCCAGACAUGCGAUGGCGUAAAGACCGAAGCUGCUGAACUCAACGUGGGCCCCCCCCCCCUUAUUUGUUAUGAUGAGUGACUGUAUUGAUCUGAGCGGCACACACUCUGAUCCGGCUGCCCCGCAAAGUUGUUUCCCUUCUCAAUGAACCGUCAGCAACUGUCCCGCUGUCAGAUGCAGGGGUGGGGGCUGGUGGGUUCUGCGUCUUCAUAGGUGGCAGAGAGUAUGGAUAUCCUACAGGGCGUGUGGUCAAGUGAAAGGAACUCCAACAUUUUAAAGGGAGAGGAAGUGAGUCGCACAGUGGCAUUUUGGGCAAUAACCAUAUUUCAGCAGGGUGACAGAUCAUUUGGGCCAAUGAACCUGCCAUCUUUGAACUUGUCUUUGGGAGCUAGACGUUUGCUACCCCAGCUUCUCUAUUGGAAAGUUCAUUUUUUUGGGGGGGGGUUGGUUUAACACACACCCUUUCUUCACACUCACAGUUACCAAUGACCCUGCUCCAUUUUUGGAGCAGACUGUUUUUGGAGCAGAGGAGCCUGCCUGAACUACGAACCCAGACUCUCCUCCAUUUCCUGCCAAGACCUCAUUUGCACUAAUGCCUUCUAUCUGACCUUGAAACGUCCCCUUCUUUGCUGUCAGCACUUACCAGCUAACCGUGGAGAAGUAUCACAAGAGAUUUGAACUCCUGGCUAUUUCGGAACUCUAAGCUCAGAGAGACUGCAGAUUUUUAACGUUAAUUUGAGCACUUGGAAACCGUUAGCUUUGUUGGUUCCCCUGAAACGGGUCAGCCUUUAUCCUUUUUCCCCAAGACCAUCUCAGGGUGGAGCAUUUUGUCUAGGAGAAGAAAGAUAGGGAGACUCCUCGCCUCUCCCAAGAGCAAAUGGUAAACCUCUCUGUGCUUCGGCGAAAGUGGAGUUUGGAUAGUCUUAGACGACUCUCAGACCCACGCAUCCCCUUCAUGGAUAUGGUCUGCCCCUGGUGUUGUGUGUCACGUCUGCAGUUUUGCAUGAUGGGUUGUUAAUAUUUUAAAUUUGAUGUGGUUUAUAAAUACAUCUCUAUGAUCAGCAUCUGGAGUGAAAUAGCCCCAAAUCUUUCAAGUUGGAAGAGACUUUCAGAGUAUCCAGUCCAACUUUUUUCCUCUCUCUGCCAUCUCCCAAAGCAGAACACCCCCCCCCCAACUUAACCUUCCUUCAGGUGGGAAUCCAGCAUCUGUUUGAAUGCCUCCAGAGAUGGGAACUCACUACCUACGAAAGACAUUGCUUAACAGAGAAACUGCAACUCGCAUUAAAAACGAAAAAAAAAAACAAAAAAAACCAAGAACCCAAGAAAUAUCAGUAAAUGUCUCAGUACUGAAAUCAGGUGGUUAAACGGGUAAACCGAACAUACUGUAUUUUGAGAAAUGGCACAGAGACAGGCAGGCCAUCUUUAAGGGCUCCGCCUAGGCAGACAACUAACCUGCAUUGUGAGAAUGUUGUCAAUACCUCACGUACUGUGUACUUUGUGUAUAUAUUCUACCUUUUAUACCUGUUGUCCGAUAUGUGUUGUUGUUUUGGCUCUGAGGCUUGGUUUGUUGUCUGUGUCUGUCUGAAUAACCUGCGUGUCUAAAACCACGUGAAAUGUGAAUGAUUAUUGGCAAUAUUACCUUGACAGAAUCAUGGGACUCGGAGAAGAGGGAGGGCAGAGGCCUCUUGUCGCACUAACGCGCUCGUGGUUGCUCGACUGUUGUAUCUGUGAUACGUUACCCGGCUGAGGACUCUGGGCUGGCUGGGGCUUCUGCCGGGAAAGCUCGAAACACUAGAUCCUUCCUGUACAUGUGUAUAUAUGUGAACAGUGAGACGACCGUUUCUGACUUGUAGAGAAAUUUUAAUAAAUCGGGUUUCGUAAAUA